CUUAAAAACCUCUUCCAUCGCAAUGUCUGCUAAAGAAAUAGGUGAUAAUCGACCAAACCAAGAAAUGACAGAGAUUAAAGAGUUACUUAAAGUACUCGUUCAAUCUCAAGACCAACAAGCAGAAGCUCAAGCACAACAAGCAAAUACUCAAAAUCAAAUGCUAGAGGUAUUAAGAAGAAUUGACAUUGCUAGUAAUAAACAAACAGAAGCAGAUACUGUCAAAAACAUUAGUGAUGAUUCUGAAGAGAUCACAAAGGAACCUGGUGGUGAUGGCACUGAUGGGAAAGAAAAUCAGCCACCAAAAGUCGAGGAAGUAAUUCGCAAAGCGGAAUAUUACCCCGAUAGAAAUGACUUAUUGCAUGCUGGUGACUGCGAAAAGACGAUCGAGUUUCUUAAAAACAAUCCUGAAGUUGUCAACCAAGGAGUAACACAUAGAUCACAUACAGUAUUACAUAUAGCUAUAUUCGAUAAGAGAGGAAUGAAGCUUAUUGAGGAAAUUGUGAAACUUAUGUCACCAGAAUUUCUCGAAUACAGAGCUGGGGUAUAUAAUUACACAGCACUUCACUACGCUGCCCAGGAUGGAAAUUUCGAAGCUGUUGUAUUAUUGAUAACUAAGAAUCCGAGGUUGCCUCUGCUACGUGAUAAAAGAGGAUUUACACCACUCGAUAUAGCUCUUCAAAAUGUUUCAAUUUACCAGAAGGAGGUAGUUGAGUAUCUUUACUCUGUAACUAAAGACGUGGUAGACGAGAAUCCAUUCUCGGGGGUUGAGGGUGCUUCUACUUUAUGCGAAUUAAUUCAGGCCUAUUUCUACGAUAUAGCACUCUGCCUAGUCAUGAAGUUUCCCACACUGGCUACGACGAAAUCAAAUAGAUUUGGUAUGUGCGGAUUGGAGAUGAUGGUUCGGAGGCCCUUUGCAUUCCAAAGUGGCGCUAAGCUGACAUGGUGGCACAACCUCAUUUAUUCGUUAAUUCAAGUGGAUAUGAAAACUACAUGUAUCCAAUCAGUGGAACCAGCCGAAUGCACCAUUAGAGACGAAGAGAACCCUGCGCCAGAAAACUUAGAUGCCAACAAAAUACAAGAAAGCUCAAAAGUCCCCUCAUCAACUACUUAUAAAGGACACAUCAUGCCUUAUCUAACACGCGCGAUUGGCAUCGAACAUCUAUAUAAACAGAAGCUGGUGCACCAACAAGCAAAUGCAUUGAUUAAGCAAAUAAUAGUAGAUAUCUGCAAGUCCACUACAUUAUUAAACUUUUUGAGGAAAAACCCAAACAUCAUGAAGAAAGCUAUAAAGCAUGGGAUCAUAGAAUUCGUAGCGGAGUGUCUGGAAAAGAAUAAUAAUCUCAUUUUUUAUAAGAUACCAGUAGAAAACAUGUUACAGAUGGCUAUUACAGAACGGAAGGAAAUCAUAGUCACAUUCAUAUGUAAAACCGCUGACAAACUUGGAGAUAAGAAUUAUCUAGUUUCUAAAAGAGAUGCGGACAACAAUACCAUUUUGCAUCAUGCUGCCAAGCUAGCGCCUUUAGCUCAACUCAGUCUAGUCUCAGGUGCAGCGCUCCAAAUGCAACGAGAAAUGCAAUGGUAUAAGGGGAUAAAAAGUAUCUUACGUGAAAGUGAUCGGUACACGAGAAAUGAAAAUGGAGAUACAGCUAAAUUUAUAUUUACCGAGGCACACAAGGAUUUAGUGAAAGAGGGACGAGAUUGGUUGAAAGAUACAUCUGGAUCGUGCAUGAUAGUUGGUGCCUUAAUCGCAACUGUGGCAUUUGCAGCUGCUUUCACUGUGCCAGGAGGUAACAUCAGUGAAAGUAACAACGCUAUGAACGGCACCCCAAUUUUUUUGGGACAGUCCUCAUUCACUGUGUUUGCAGUGUCAGACGCCUUAGCUCUAUUUUCUUCAAUCACAUCCGUGCUCAUGUUCUUAGCAAUAUAUACUUCGAGAUUUGCCGAAGGAGAUUUUCUAAAGUCUCUACCACAAAAGUUAAUAUUCGGUCUUGCAACUCUCUUUAUAUCUAUGGUGGCUAUUUUGGUAGCUUUCGGCGCAUCACUGCUUAUAGUCGUUGGAAGCAGAUUUGGGCAGGCCUUAAUUCCAAUAACCUUGUUUGGUUGUUGUCCAUUGGCCCUCUUUGCAUGGUUGCAAUUGCCAUUGUUUGUUGAAAUGGUUCGUACUACAUAUUGCGGUGGUCUCUUUAAGAAACAUGCAUUUGUCGAUAUUUCCUCUCAGUACAAAUCGAGGAUAAAGAAAAAGAAAAAUUAACAACAAAAAGAAGGAGGAUACGUUGAUGAACCGACCUAGAAAAAGGUAAUCGAAUGGUUCUGUGUGACAGUAACUCUAUGUAAGUUACUAAUAAGUAAUAAGAGUAUAAAUCCUUAAAGUGUCGCAUAUUUUAUUCAUUUUUAUUAAUUGAAAUGUGUAACAGAGGAAACAAAUUAUUGUGCAUCUGUCAAUGAUAUACAUCCGGCGGGCUCAACCCCGCCGGUUGUACCGCAAGAAAGAAAUUGGUAGUCCCCUUGUGACCGGGUGAAUUUGUAGGUGGUGGGUUUAGUACGAGUCUCACUCCUUGUUUCUUGUGGUACAAUCCGUGGGGUUGAGCCUGUUGGAUGUAAAUCAUUUUCGU